CGAGGCUAAAAAACUGUGAGCCAGCUCACACUAACUCAGCUUAGAGGGAACACUGGCUCCUGUUUUAUUUCGCGUCCUCCUCCGUACUGAUUCAGCCCUGUGGUGUUCCAAGAUGAAAAAACUACCAGAAGCAAAACAUUCCUAAGCCUUCAAUCCAGUCUGGGAUAUUCCUGGUGCAUGAAACUUUGCAGUGGACGUUGCUGUGUCAUCAAAUGUAUGGGAGCAUCACUCACAGCAUAUGUGUGAAGCAAGUUGCUUUUCUUCAUCAUGGCUUUUCCAGAGCCAAAACUAAAGAAACCUGAGCUGCCUACAAAACUGCUGGGCACAUUGCAAUGUAAACAGGGAGCUGUCAGAGCUGUAAGGUUCAAUGUGGACGGGAAUUACUGUCUCACUUGUGGCAGUGACAAGUCACUCAAGCUCUGGAACCCCCACAAAGAGACUCUCCUCAAGACAUACAGUGGCCAUGGCUAUGAGGUCCUGGAUGCAGCAGGGUCAUUUGACAACAGCCAGCUUUGCUCAUGCGGAUCAGACAAGACGGUUGUGCUAUGGGAUGUGGCAACGGGACAGGUGAUUCGCAAGUUCCGUGGCCAUGCAGGGAAGGUAAACUGUGUCCAGUUCAGUGAAGAGGCGACUGUGAUCUUGUCAGGAUCGAUUGACUCCAGUGUCCGCUGCUGGGACUGUCGUUCACGCAGACCAGAUUCCAUCCAGAUACUUGAUGAGGCCAAAGAUGGCAUCUCCAGUCUGAAAGUGUCAGAUCAUGAAAUCCUUACAGGUUCUGUAGAUGGGCGUGUCCGACGUUAUGACCUACGCGCUGGAGAGCUGUGCUCAGACUAUGUUGGAAGUCCCAUCACGUGCGUUUGUUUCAGCAAAGAUGGACAAUGUAUGCUGGCUGCUAGUUUGGACUCCACGCUACACUUGUUGGACAAGGACACAGGCGAGAUGCUGGGAGAAUACACAGGCCACAAGAACGUCACCUACAAGAUGGACUGCUGCCUGAGUGAGAGAGACACGCAUAUUGGAAGCUGCUCUGAGGAUGGCAAAGUGUAUUUCUGGGACCUGGUUGAGGGAUCCCUGGCUACGAGCUUACCUGUGAGUAACAGUGCUGUCCAGUCUCUCUCCUUCCACCCAACUGAGGCGUGCUUGCUCACUGCGGCAGAGGGCCUCGUGCAGCUUUGGAGGGAGGAGUCGUACACGGCAGGGGAGGCAGAGGAGGAAGGCCCGCCUGCUUGAUCUUCACCGCGGGAUCGACGGAACAGAGAACUCCAGGUGCAGGGAUUUGAGAGGCUCUAACGUACCUUUCAUGCCAAGCAUCACAUUGUGCUCACUCAGGCCCGUAGCUGACAACUUCUUGCUC